AUGGAAGUGAGCAGGACUUUUAACGUUGCUGUAGAGGGAAAUAUUGGCUGUGGAAAGUCCACAUUCCUCAAUUAUUUCAAGGGGCUCUCACCCAAAAUCCAAAUUUCGCUUGAACCGAUUGUACUCUGGAAUGAUGUGAAAGGUUUCAAGCUAUUCGAAGUGUUUUAUGGGGAUCCAAACAGAUGGAGUACCCCUUUCGAAAGCCAGGUUAUGGCUACAUUUUUUGAAAGACAGGCUGAAAAGCAGACUGCUCCUGUGCGGUUACUGGAACGCUCCGUGCACACUUGCCGAUAUUGCUUUAUCGAGGCGAUGAAUAGAAAUCGUCAAUUAUCUGAUGAAGACUUGGAGGUUUUUGAUAAAUUCUACGAUUGGGGGAUGAGUUUUCCUACCAGCAAACUUGACCUCAUCGUCUAUCUCCGGUGCUCCCCCGAGAUCUGUGCUGAAAGAAUACGGAAGCGCGACCGUAGGGGCGAAAGCGCAAUCUCAAUGGCAAGUUUCACGUCUGACUACCUGAAUCAGCUGCACGACCUACAUGAAGACUGGCUUUUGGGCACGAAAAGGGAUUGUGUCGGGGCUCCCGUAAUGGUAUUUGACUGCGAUGAGCCGUUGGAGGUUCUGACAGAUGUCUACUUCCAGCGUCGAGAUCAGGUUCUCUGCGGUGUCCCUGUUUGA